AUGAAGGGGCGCAACGAACGCAAAACGAACAUCGAACAGGUGAUGAGCGAUUACCUAAUCAACUUGAGUCACCUGUACAAAAACUCCCAAUCGCAGUCACACUCGUUAAGUGAUCAUGAGAACGGUGAGGGGAAGAUGCACAGGAUGAACAACCCCAGAACGGAACUCCUAAAGCAGGAAACCCUGCUCAUGGGCAAGAAGGACAACAGUAACAGCAGCAGUAGUAGCGCCAGUACGAGUGACGAGGUCUUAUCAGAUAGUGCCAGGAGCAAGUCCACUUACUACGACAAAAUGUUGAAUACCAUCUUCCCCCCGAGGGAGAGAGAGAUCUACCUCCAGUUAAAAAAAAUACUCCAGACGCAGGAACAUUUUGCAGAUGUAGAGGCGAAUGAAUAUCUUUUUUGUUACCUGUUCGUACUGGCCGUUAAGAAUAUGUUCUACACGAUUAUCCUGCAGAGGAAGGUGGAGCAUCACGUGGGGCACGACCUCGGGCAGGAUGAUCCAGUUGAAUGUAAAGAGGAGGACCCAAUAGAGUGUAAUGAUGAACCGGUAGAAUGUAAUGAUGAACCAGUAGAGUGUAAUGGUGAUGAACCAGUAGGGUGUAAAGAGGAAGAACCAACUGAAUGUAAAAGGGAAGAUGAAGAUCUACCCAAAAGUGAGGAACAACCUGAAAAGGUAACAUCAGAAGAAGUACAACCUGAGAAGGUACCAACUGAAAAAGUCCAAACUGCAGAAGUGCAAAGUGAAAAAGAACAACCUGGACAAGUCGAACCCACAGGGCCAAACGCGCAGAAGACAAAAACGGAAGGUCAACGCCCAGACGAGGAGAUCCUACCGAAUAACUUGGACAACAUCGGGAAGAACUACAUUUACCCCCUCUUCGAGGCGCUGAAAAAGAACAAGUCCUACUGGUUGAUCCCACUGAGCGUACUAUCGUGUGGAUACCUGUACUACAAAAUGAAGGGGAGAGUAGCGGCCUGCAUAAACAACUACUACCUUAACGUAACAAAGUACUUGAGCAGCACCUUCCUGUCUCCGUGGGGCACCCCCGACGCAGCAAUUUCCAAAGAUUACAACCACUUCUUUCACAACGUAAACAAGAACAACGUUAAAACGAUUCUGUUUAACCCCUCCAACAACACAUUCACAUAUAUAUUAGGCAAAGCGACUCUCCCCAAGGGGAGCACAAACAUGAGCAUAUUUAACUCAAGCAAGAUGGUAAAUAGUUCACCCCCAUCCACAGAGGAAGACGCUAAUAACGUGUAUACCAUCUUUUACAAUGACUACAUAAUGAAGUUUUUACUAAAAAAUAAAUUUUACGAAAAUGUAGAGAUAAAAUUGGACGAGAAAAUGAUGAAAUUAUCCUUCUUAGAAAUUAUUAGAAAAAAUCUGUUCGAUCUAGUUACGUAUAGCCUCUCUUUGGCGACUUUUUUCUAUUUCUAUGAGAGGAACCUCUCUGUUUCAUCCCCCUUUACAAGGACAGAUUGUUCCUCCCAGAGUGUAAACAAGGAUAACUCCCUUAGUAAUAUUAUUCUGAACGACAAAACGAAGAAGGACAUUAAGGGCGUUUUAUUUUUUCUCUUAUUUUCGAGUAUGUUCCCAGAGAAUUAUAACCUAUCUGGAUAUAAUACCAUUUUAUUCACUGGAGAGACAGGUACAGGGAAGAGUUUGUUAGCCAAAGCUAUUGCUAGAGAGCUGGACGUAGAGUUCAUUCACGUGUCGGGGUCGACCUUCAUAGAGUUAUACAUUGGCAACGGGGCAUCCAAAUUGAGGAGCCACUUUAGGAGGGCAAAACGUAAUUCUAGAUCCGUGCUGCUCUUCAUUGACGAGAUAGAUAGCAUUGGCUUAAGUAGAUCUAUGAACAACGAGGGGGGCAACAACGCCAACCAUGAAUACACGCAAACCUUGAACCAGCUGUUAAUAGAAAUAGAUUCUUUGCAUGAGUACAACCGGGAGCAGUUCCACAUAGCAUCGCGGGGGCACAAUAAAGGGAACUUCCUCUCCACCGUGAGGAGAACCCUCAUGGAGGUUAUCACGCCGGAAGCGGAGUCUGCAGACGCGCAAAGCGAGUGUGGAAGUACAGAUCGUGGGAAGAGGCCGACCGGAGGCGAUCACUACAGUUGUGGUCGCCCACCUGGAUCACGGGACGGGUACGAAAUUAUGCAGUACUACCUGAACAACGACCUGACCCUGCAGGAGGUGGAGGAGAUCUUCAACCUGAGGAAGCACCGCACGGGCAAGUUUAUCCUCUUCAUCGGGGCUACUAACCGGUACAGGAUGUUGGACUCCGCACUGGUCCGAUCCAAGCGGUUCGACAAGGUCAUUCACUUCCACCUUCCCAACCUGUUCACGCGCCGAAGGUUAUUCGAGUUUUACGUGGAAAAGUACACACGGGGGGCACCCCCCACCAUGAAGCGGUUUCCCAUGCAGAGGGGGUUACCCCCACGCAGAACGCCACUCACCUCGACAACGCCGUUGUCCCCCCUGCAGUACGCCCCCUUCAGACACAAAUUCAGCAGCCACUUCAAUGCACUCCACCCCGGGGCCACGGAUAAGUACGAAUACCUAUUAAAAUCGCUCAGGAGGGGGAGGUCAGUAUCCAACGCAAGGGGUACCAGUAGGAAAGACAAUGGUGAUAUGCUUAAUGGGGACUACCUUGGUGCUUCGCAUAGCCCCGUCGAUACGUUAUCGCUGUCCGUCCUGACGACCCUGUUCAACUGCGCCGACAUAGACGAGAUAGUGCACUCGGUGCAAAUGAAGAAUCUCACACAGAGCAAUCUCCACCCACAAGGUCACAACAUUAAUAGUGCCCUCUUCGAAGUGGUGGACUCCACCCUAUUUAACAAAUUCACCUACGAUAAUCACGGAGAGAAGCUCAGCACUCAGGGAAAUAAAACCGAGACGAGUGACACCAAAGGAUCCACAAGCAUCAAAUUCAGUGGAAACAACUGGUGCACCGAUGGAGAUUACGAGGAGUACCUAUCCAAGUUUAUUCAUUUCUGCAACGAAGAAUUAGAAAAACGGAUAAACGAUGAGGAGAGAAGGAGGAAGAACCAUAGGAGAGCGGGACACUCUCCUGGGGAUAAACUCACAUUCGAAGACUUACUCUUUUUUAAUGACUUACAAAAAAUGAAGACAAAGAUUUGGCGAGACGAGGACAUGAAUUUUAUCCUUCAGAACGGCUUUUGCGUGAACAGCGGUUUCUUCCCCCCCGGUAGGAGCUACCACCUCUACCUUCUGUGGAAGUCCAUCGAGAGCUUUUACGUGGCCCUCCAUUCGAGUUGCCGCCGGGCCACCUGCUAG